GCUGGGCAAGUUUGAGCUCACCGGCAUCCCUCCUGCUCCUCGUGGUGUUCCUCAGAUUGAGGUGACCUUUGAUAUCGAUGCCAACGGCAUCAUGAACGUCUCUGCUGUCGACAAGAGCACCGGCAAGGAGAACAAGAUCACCAUCACCAAUGACAAGGGUCGUCUCAGCAAGGAGGACAUUGAGCGCAUGGUUCAGGAAGCCGAGAAGUACAAGGCAGAGGACGACGUCCAACGCGACAAGGUGUCCGCUAAGAACGGCCUGGAGUCGUAUGCUUUCAACAUGAAGUCGACUGUGGAGGAUGAGAAGCUUGCUGGCAAGAUCAGUGAUGAUGACAAGCAGAAGAUCUUGGACAAGUGCAAUGAGGUCAUCAGCUGGCUUGACAAGAACCAGGUGAGCAUUAGUCUAGAUCGAGCCAAGCAACUGAAGUUUUGUAAUAUAAUCCUGGAUAGCAGGUUUCCCCUGAGACCCCACCUGCAUAUCA